UCUUUUAUUCCUUUUUUUUAAAUUUAUUUAUUAACAAUAUCAUCAUCAUGUCACCAAGAGGAAGAGUUACGAUACAUGUGGGUUCUGAUGGUGGAAGUGAUGGUGGAGGAGUUGACCCAGUUACCCUAGGCAACUAUUUUUGGUAUGCUUCAUUAGGGGUGUAUGGACUUUACUUUUUCUAUAUCAUCAUGGUAGUAUUAGCACAAAAGAGACAUUACCCUUAUCUCUUUAUGUAUGCGAUCAUCACAUCAGCCAUGAUAUCGACUCUUUUAACCGUGGUGAGUAUUGUGGCACCUUUUGGUGGAGGAUAUAUUGAUCUUGCUGCUAGUAUCUAUUUCUACUUUUUCAUUUAUUUGACAUGGGCUUUUCUCUUUGAACCAUCUCGUCAAAUCAAUCUGAUCCAACGUCGAAACAACAACAACAACAAUGAUCGGCCAUGGCAUCUCUCUCAAUAUACUUCAAGCGCCGCGGGCAUUGCUGUGUUGAUUGGCUACAUCUUAAUCAUCUGCUUUACCUUGUUGAUCAUUGCCUUCUAUGUUGCUGCCUACUAUAGCGAUAGCAUGGAUAUCGCCACGAGAAAUGGUUUAUUUUUGUUCAUUGUCUUUUCAUCACUCAUAUUCCCCUUGAUCUGGUUCUUUUUGGCUGUCUCUCAUUGGCAACACAUUGGUGAAAAACGAUCUUAUUGUCUCUAUGGAUUCUUUGCCUUGUUAAUGGAAAUAGGAAUGAUCCUUGAAAAUGUACCUGGUGUUCUAUCUGUCGAUUAUGGUGUAUAUGGUCCUGUCCUUCUCAACUUUCUCCUAGUUCAAUGCUGUCAUUUCAUUGCCAUCUUUUUCGGUAUCAUCCAUGGGUCGAAAUGGAUCAAGCAUGACAUGAUCAUCCAUCAAAAAUAGAAUUCUAUCUCCCUAUUUCUUUUUUUUAUUUACUAAUUUCAUUCAAUAUAAUAAACAAUCCUAUUUAUCAUCAUUAA